UGAUUUAAAAAAUAAAAAGGAAAAUACACUAAACUUCAUCAUCUUGAAAGCAAAAUGGCACGAGGAGAGGGCAGCGAGCAGUACUCCGCGACUCUGUUAUCAGUAAAACCUAUAAAUACAGAGAUAAAGACAGCACCGCGGACGCACCAGAGAAAUCGCUUGUCUGUGCUCAGCAAACUGUGCUAUGCGAUCGGUGGGGCUCCCUACCAGAUCACAGGCAGCGCUCUCGGCUUCUUCCUCCAGAUCUACCUGCUGGAAGUUGCCCAGUUGGAUCCCUUCUAUGCCUCUAUCAUCCUCUUUGUGGGCCGCGCAUGGGAUGGGGUCACAGACCCAACAGUGGGUUUCCUUGUGAGCCGAAGUAGAUGGACCAGCGUUGGCCGCAUGAUGCCCUGGAUCCUUGUCUCUACACCAUUUGCUGUGUUGACUUACCUCCUGAUCUGGUACGUGCCUCCUUUUGAAGAAGGGAAGGUCAUCUGGUUCCUGAUCUUUUACUGCCUCUUCCAGACAAUGCAGACGUGCUUCCAUGUGCCCUACUCAGCCCUCACCAUGUUCAUCAGCAACGAGCAGAAAGAACGAGAUUCUGCUACCGCUUACCGUAUGAUGGUGGAGGUGCUAGGCUCAGUUUUGGGCACUGCCAUCCAGGGACAGAUAGUAGGUGGAGCCCGAGUUUGCCCCACUGAGUCUGAUGCACCAGACAGCAGCAACUCCACCCAAAUCAACAUAUCCAGAGUUUCUUUGGAUGAGACGAAACAAGCUUACCUGAUUGCUUCAGGGGUGAUAUGCAUCAUCUACGUCUUCUGUGCCGCAGUCUUGUUUUUGGGUGUGAAAGAGAAAAAAGACACCGGGCGGAAAAAAACGGAGCCCCUCGGCUUCUGUCAGGGCCUGAGGGUGGUGAUGAGUCACGGACCGUAUGUCAAACUGGUCACUGGCUUCCUCUUCACCUCUCUUGCCUUCAUGCUACUGGAGGGAAACUUUGCCCUUUUCAUCACACAUGCCCUUGGCCAUCGGAACGACUAUCAGAAUAUUCUCUUGGUAAUAAUGGUAUCUGGCACUCUAACCAUCCCGUGGUGGCAGUGGUUCCUGACGCGGUAUGGGAAGAAGACAGCCGCUUUUGUCGGCACAUCGUGGGCAGUACCCUUCAUGAUCCUGAUCAUCUCCGUUGAGAGCCAUCUGAUAAUUUCCUACUUGGUCUCAGUGGCAGCAGGUGUGAGCGUGGCAGCAGCUUUCCUCCUGCCAUGGUCAAUGCUUCCUGAUGUUGUGGAUGACUUUAAGAUCAAGAACCCAGACAUUCAUGGUCAUGAAGCCCUCUUCUACUCCUUCUAUGUCUUCUUCCUCAAGUUUGCCUCUGGAAUAUCACUGGGUAUCUCGACCCUCAGUUUAAAAUUUGCAGGCUACGUGACUGGGGAGUGUUCACAACCUGAAACGGUCAGUACAACCCUAAAGGUGCUGGUCUCUCCUGUGCCAGUGGUUCUUAUCGCUGUGGGGUUGUUAAUACUAUGGACCUACCCUAUUGAUGAGGAAAAGAGGCAGGGCAACCGAAAACUACUGCAAGAAAUGCUAGACUCUGAAGCAGAUUCUGAGUCUGAAACUUCAGCACUUGGGAGCAGCGUGUAGCCGCAGCGGCAUCGUUGCUUUCCAUGUUUGUACAGGCUGUGAAGAGGGACAGGACCACCAGCUAUCUGGACCAACAGAGGAACCACAGACCACACUGCUGCCUUGCUGAGCCCACACAUCGGCCUUGGAUCACGCAAGUGUAUUUCUCCCUCUAGUGGCCAUCAAGUGUCAUCUCAUGUGAGAUUGAAGUAUUUUCUGUUGUCCUCUCUCUCCAGUUGUGUCCCAGUUAAACUGUAUUUCCUAAGUAUACAUGAUAUACAAAUCUUCACAACCCCAAAGUCCCAAGCUAGAUUUUUUUCUUGCUUUCAGUUCCUUUUUUUCCAACAGAAGUUUUCUUCUUUCAUUGUUCCCUCUGAAAAGCUAAAACACAGUAUAUAUAUAGUAGAUCCCAGAUCUGUCCAUAGAUUAACUUAAAUGAACUGGACAGUAAAAUUUGUUCACCUCAAUAAUCUAACAAAGAAAAACAUGCUUUUUGUUUGUAUGUUCAAAUACUACAACUCCUGCAAUCCCAGCGCAAAGACUUAUGGGAGCUGUAGUCGACGUGGAAACUCAACAAAGAAAGCAAAUUGUUUUCCAAAGAUUUAUCACUUUUUAAAAAAAGAAAAAAGGUCCUUGAACUGUCUACAAGCAGCCCCUCUAUUUUGUGGAUUAUAAUGUGAGACAAUGGAGUGAAUCAAUAACGUGAUUGCGCUUCAUACUCAAAACCAGAUUAGAAUAGGCUGCAAGUGGAACACAGCUUUUGACUUACUGUAUUGUCUGUAAAGUGUUUAUUGCUGGUUUGCAAGAUCAGACCUUCCACUCAUGCUGACCUGAGUGUGAUGUUAUCUUUGAUGUUUACCAUGUGUAGGUCAACUGUGUUUGACCUUCCAUUCAGACUGUGCUCUGAGGAAGGUAUACAGUAGUAGCCCUUAUUUAUAAAGGGCAUACCAGCACUAUUCCACUAAUCAGAGUUGUAUGGAGCCAUGCUUUCUACAUUUCUACAUUUCUUUGGGGGCUGCUGUUUCCUACAGAUCACUUUAUGAAGUCAAAUAACUUUAAAUGUACUUGAAUUUUCUGAAGGGGAAAGGCACUUCAUGGCAUCAUGUAGCCUGCUGUAUGUAGGUUAUCUGAAGUACUGCCUUACAAACACAGCUUGUAUUUAUAUUAUUUGCAAGGAGAUUUUCCGUUAAACUCUUGGUCACACCUUUUGUGCUUUAACAUUUCAACCAGUCUCCAUCAGGUUACAUACAUUUCUGAAUGUGCUUUACAGUGAAGUCAGCUCCAGUGUGAAGUCAUUUCACCUUGCAUAUUCUCACUUCCCAAAGGAGGAAAAAUGCUUUAUUUAACUAUUUAUUUAAACAAAACUAUUUAAGGGAUUCUUAUGAAAUAAUUUAUUAACAGUACAGAUUGGUGUAUGGUUAUUGGUGGCUGUGACGAGUGAUUUUUCAAGUCCUAUGGAAAGCAUUUUGAACAUGAAAAUGAAAGAUUUUAUACACCACAAUGUGCUGUAAUGUGAAAGAUGAGCUGCAUUUACAGUAUUAUGCAGGAGACAUUAGUCCUCACUAUAGAUGACUUUAUAUAAUCUUAAAUGAUUUCACAUCCUUACUGGUCAUUAAGAUUUCAAUUAUGAUUUCUACAUCUUAAUACCAGUGUAUUUCUGCAUAGUUUUCAUCUUUAGGGCUUUGAAAUUGCACUAAAUACACUGAAUGAAGCACACUGACUCUCUACUUGUUUAUAUGCUGCUGUAUGUAUAAAGUGUAAAUACUGUUUUUCUAAGUUUGACCAUGAUGAGCAAUAUACAUAAAUCAGUGAAGAAAUGAUGUUCUGUAAAUUUGUAAUUAUAUGUCGUUGAAUAAAGUUUGUCAAAAUGGA